AUGUCUGGCCGUCGUAAGGCGAUGCCAACGAGACUUUUGGAGACUGUAGAAGCGUUUUAUCCAGUAGCAACUGUAGAAUCGAUUCCAUGCACUUCAUCAGCUAAUGGUGUUCAGACAGUUAAGGGUACUCUUCUGAUAGCAGAACCAACUAAACCAAUGAACAUAUCCACAGAGGAGCUUAUUUUGGACGAUAUUGUUAAGCAAGAAGAAAUCACUAAGCAUCCUACUAUGAGAGAAUUCACCUCUGCUUCAUCACCUCGAGGGCAAGUUGAUUCGUUGAAGAGCGAUACAUCAAGCAUUUCUGAGCACACCAGCACGUCAGGUUCAAACGGAGUGACGGAUAUCCCGGACAUCUUAGCACAAACGGAACACGGAUGUCGUGUACUAAUUGAUGGUCACGCAUUGCGUGAGGUUCUUAACAGUAUCGAUACGUACGAUGGCAAACUCGAUCUCGUACAAGAUCUUAUCCGACAGUUGAAAGCUGUUAAAGAACGUUUAAGUUGUGGUGAAAUACAUAUCAGUAAAGAAGAUAUCGAGGACACGAGUCUCAAGGAUACAGAUGAAUUGGUUACGGAAGUUAAGGAACAAAACUGCUUUCAGAAAAUGUCGACUGGGAAUUUAGAUGAAUUGAUGCUUAGACAACAAUACCUUAUCCAACAGCAACAAAAUCAGCAACGCUUGCUUGCAAUGGCAUCCGCUCUUCAUGUUGCACAACAUUCCAGUGCUGUACGACUGAGUUGCAUGCUUCCUUCUGCAACAACAUAUGGGCAAUUUCUGAAUGGAACGGCACUUGGAAACGAUUGUGGUGUUCUAACGGCGACAACAAUGCUUUCCCAAAGUGUCAGUAAUCGAAUGAAUAAUGUAAGCAACCAUUUGGGAACAACAGGGAAUGAUUGUGCUGAUCGGAAUGAUUGUGAAACGCCGCUGAAUUUGAGCAAAGUUAAGUUGAAAAGUCCCACAGAUCAUUCCAAAGCGCGUAAAGUAGCACCAUUUAGCAGUAACACCAAUUCAAAAAAGCCAAGUUCACCACCUGAGCAGCAGAUUCUUAAUCGGCUGCCUUGCUCUUCGAUCUCACAUUCCUUUGCCUCUGAAACGUCAGCUUUCUCUAGUCAUUCACCAGGUUCAUCGGGCGAAAGCACACCUGGAGGCGUAGUGACGUCAGAGAGUAUUCCAGCUCGAAUUCCUGCCAAAUCACCGAAUCAUAUUAAGCGCCCGAUGAAUGCCUUCAUGGUCUGGGCACGUGAUGAGCGGAGAAAAAUCUUGAAGGCUUGCCCAGAUAUGCACAACAGUAAUAUUUCGAAAAUCCUUGGGUCGAGAUGGAAAGCAAUGUCUAAUAUAGAGAAGCAGCCAUAUUACGAAGAACAAUCCCGGUUGAGCAAGUUGCAUAUGGAACAACAUCCGGAUUAUCGUUAUAGGCCUAGGCCAAAACGAACAUGUGUGGUCGAUGGUAGGAAAGUGCGUAUUAAUGAAUACAAGAAUUUAAUGAGGAGCAAAACGGUGACAAAUCUACCUAGCACCACUGGCUGCACAUCUGGUACUAGUGAAUGGAGUAGUGAUGUUGAUCAGUGUGGGACGGCUGUGAGUCCUAUAUCUGGCUCCAGUCAAUCCUUAACAGUUAAUAGUAAUCCAUUAACUUUAACAACAUCAACAGCAGUAAUACUUCCCGAAAACAAUAGUGGAACUACCACACGUCCCCGAUCAUUCUCAUCUGUCGAUUUUGCCAGUCUCAGUGGCGCCACAGUAUUUACUGAUCUGGCCCAUCAUCAUCAUUGCCAUAUGUUGCAAACUGCUGAAUAG